CUUUGGGAGGCCAGGUGGCUGCCAGGCAACGGGAAACAUUCGGGCUUGAGCUGACUUUGUGCUCCAGACUUAGACGUUGCCCUGUCUUUGGGGACCCUCGCAAACGGCUCUUCGAGCCCCACUUGAGAGAAGAUGAAUUUUCCGCCCAUAAAUUCUGAACACAACCUGAAAACUCCUAAAGAUGAUACCCAACAUGCCGUGUUUUCAAGGCGGGAUAGUGUAAAAACAAGGGGAAGAGUGAGUUAUGUGCCAGCCACAGAAAAUCAAGCUGAAACACAGACGCUGACCUUUAAGCACAUCACAAGAGCACAGGAGAGAACCAGACGACGGCAGCAGCCUAUCAAGCUGGAGCCUCUGCCAGUACUAAAAGUGUACCAAGAUCAUAAGAAGCCAGAAUAUAUAUUCGAGCAGAACCGAGUUUGGUUAAGGACUCGUGGGAUCCAGAAACCUUCACUAAGCACUGCAGAAAGACCUUCUAUCAGCUUAUCUACACAGGUUGUUGAGUACCAAGACGCUGAAAAAAGAAAAGAGGUCCAUCGGCACCUUGAUGAGUCGUUCUCCCCUUCCCCUUCUAAGCUGCCACGUACUGGACUUGGAAGGAGAGGUCUCUUCAGCACCAGAUCUUCCACUUAUCCUAAGUACACUUUCCAAGACGUGGAUGAAGUCAUUAAGGCCAACAUUCAUGAUCCUCUGCAAAUUAUCAAAAUAAUACAUGAUAAUGAGCACCUUGGAUUUCUUUAUAUGAUCCCUGCGGUGGCAAAGUCUUCCAUUGAAUAUGAUACAUUUAAUCUGAAAGUUGUAGCUUAUGAGAACAUCAAUAAAAAUGAUUACUACACUAUUAGCCAAAGGGCAGUCACACACAUUUGUAAUGAUGACAUUGAGUUUAUUGAAAUUGAGCGAUGGGAACAGGAAUAUCUGUAUCACAGAGAACUCACUAAGAUUCCUAUAUUUGCACUCUUCCGGAAGUGGAAAGCUUUUAGUGUGUGGAAGAAAAACGUCCGCACUAAGAAAAUCACUGGAUGUCGAAAAUCUCUACGGAAAAAUCUGUUCAUUGUUAAUCCUUACUUGCGACCAGCUCUUCUUAGAAUAAAUGACAUGUGUUAUCAGUUGAGUUUUAUGGGACUUUGUUAUAUUGAAAAAUGCCACACCUACACCCUGCAGGAAUUUAAGGCUGCACAAUUCAUGAGACUGACAGAAGUGACAGAGCGCCUAGAAGAAUUUCGAAAUGAGGCAAAACAUGUGGUCAGAAAGGCUUGCCGGUGUGCUUUGCGUGCUGUAGGAUUCAUUCCUGAUGACUGUACACAUAGAGCUCUUGAGGAUUAUUGUAAAUUACUAGACCGUGCACAUUUCCGUGAAACACAGGUUGAGCUGCCCACUUAUGGGGAAUCUGAGAAAAUGACCUACACAGAACAGGCCAGCAAAAGGCACCAUUGCAUGAGGCUAACAUGCUUUAUCCGUCUAAAUGACUAUCUAAUUGAGAACACAAUGCACGUCUUAACAGUAAACUCUGUGAACACUCUUCUGAAUUACCUCACUGACAAGCUGAAACGAACACCUUCGGCAGAUGUCAUUCAGAAAUGGAUCGCUGAAGAGAAGACUGAGGUUGCUGAUAAAAAGGGAGCCCCUGUGAUAGAAAAGCAAGAAGAAGACGAAUCUCUCAUUCCUAUGUUUCUCACAGAACUAAUCCUGACUGUCCAGUCUCUGCUCUUUGAGCCAUCUCUGGAAGACUUUCUGGAUGGCAUUUCGGGUGCGAUUAACCACUUUCAGAACACUGUGUUAUCAGUUCCUAAUCUGGUGCCUGACCCAUACUUUGAUGCCUUCACCCAACCUUACAUUAACAACAAGCUUGAAGAAAAAACCUGUGGCUCUGGGCCAAGCUUGUCAGCAGUAUUUGAUGAUGAUACCCAUUUUCACACAAUCAUCUUUCAAAUAAAGGAAACUAUUCAGGCAGCAUUUGAGUCUGCAUCCCUGUAUGCAGCUACCUUUGAAAAAUUCCAGCUGUUCUUCAAGGAAAAUGAAAGUCUUGAUCUACAAGCUCUUAAACUUCAGGAACCUGAUGUUAAAUUCUUUAGUGAUCAACUGGAAAAAUAUCACAGACAACACAAAGACGCAGUAGCGCUGAGACCCACCAGAAAUGUGGGAUUGCUGCUGAUUGACACGAAGUUGCUAAAGGAAAAGCUCAUUCCAUCCCCUUUGCGAUGCUUGGAGGUGUUAAAUUCUAUGCUUCCUCACUUAAGCAAGAAAAAAGUAGAUGCCAUUAUUUCUGAGGCACAAGAUGCAGAGUAUAAACUUGAGUUUGUUCCAACUACUACCAUAGAAUAUGUGAACAGCUUAGUAUUUCUUGAUGAAAUUCAGGAACGGAUUGAAAGCCUGGAAGAUGAAGGGAAUGUAGUGAUUCAAAUGUACAAGCUUAUUGAACAAUAUCAAGUACCCACACCUCCUGAAGACUUUGCUGUUUUUGCAACUAUGAAGCCAUCCAUUGUUGCUGUUCGGAAUGCCAUCGAUAAAUCAGUGGGAGAUAGAGAAACAAGUAUCAAGCAGUUUUGCCUGCAUCUGGGUAGAGAUCUUGAAGACCUAAGCAAUGAAGUAAAUGAAAUAAAACUGCAAGCACAGGAUCCACAGAUUUUGGAUAUUAAUGCCGACCAAGACAAAAUAAAGGUGACGCUGAGUGAACUGCAGUGUAUUUUAGAUGAGCUUCAAAAACGUGCGUUUCAAUAUAAGUCCUAUCAGAAGAAUUUUAAGGUAGAAGUAUCCAAAUUUGAUGCUUUGGAAGAAGUUAGUGCUGAACUGAAGCUCAAGCAGUUGCUCUGGGAUUCUUUCUCAGAGUGGGAUAAACUGCAACAAGAAUGGUUAAAGUCCAGAUUUGACUGCCUUGACCCAGAAAUGCUAAAUAGUCAGGUCUCUAAAUACGCCAAAUUUGUGACUCAACUGGAAAAAGGCUUGCCACCAAACAAUGUAGUGCCCCUGCUGAAAAGUAGAGUGGAAAAAAUGAAAGAAAAGCUUCCUGUUAUCAUGGAUUUGAGGAACCCAACUUUGAAGCUUCGACAUUGGGCAGCUAUUGAGCAAGCAGUAGAUGCCACUCUGCUGGACUCCGAAGUUCCAUUAACCUUGGAUAGGCUCUCUGAGUUGCGUGUUUUUGAAUUUGGCCAAGACAUCCAGGACAUCUCUGGCCAGGCUUCUGGAGAAGCUGCCCUAGAAAUAAUUCUUAAAAAGGUGGAAGAUUCCUGGAAAACCACUGAAUUUGUUAUUCUGCCUCACCGUGACGCCAAAGAUGUAUUUAUCUUGGGUGGCACAGAUGAUAUACAAGUCCUUCUGGAUGACAGCACAAUAAACAUUGCUACCAUUGCCUCCUCACGGUACGUGGGACCCCUGAAGCCUCGCGUCGAUGAGUGGCAAAAACAACUUGCUUUAUUCAAUCAAACCCUGGAGGAAUGGCUGACCUGCCAGAGAAACUGGCUCUACCUAGAAAGCAUCUUUAAUGCUCCGGAUAUUCAAAGGCAAUUGCCCGCAGAGGCCAAGAUGUUCCUUCAGGUGGACAAGUCAUGGAAAGAAAUCAUGCGGAAGGUGAACCGGCUGCCCAAUGCUCUCCGAGCUGCUACUCAGCCAGGUCUUUUGGAGACUUUUCAAAACAAUAAUGCUUUACUUGAUCAAAUUCAGAAGUGUCUGGAGGCAUAUCUAGAAUCGAAAAGAGUGAUCUUUCCAAGGUUUUACUUCUUGUCAAAUGAUGAACUUCUGGAGAUUUUGGCCCAGACACGAAAUCCGCAAGCUGUGCAGCCACACUUAAGGAAAUGCUUUGACUCCAUUUCCAAGCUUGAAUUUGCUCUCAUGCCUCCCACUGAAGGGAAGAUUCCUGGUAUGGAAGGAGAACCAGAAAAAAUUUAUACUAAUGAUAUUUUAGCGAUGCUGUCACCAGAGGGAGAAAGGGUAGGUCUGGGCAAAGGUCUGAAAGCCCGAGGUAAUGUGGAAGAAUGGCUUGGUAAGGUAGAGGAAGCCAUGUUCACGUCUCUGCGUCGUUUGUGCAAAGCUGCCAUCGCCGACUAUCAGAGCAAACCGAGGACAGAGUGGGUGACUGCUGGCCAUCCUUCUCAAGUUAUCCUAACUAUUUCUCAAAUCAUGUGGUGCCGUGAUUUGACUGAGUGUCUGGACAAGGAAGGCAUCAAUCAUGUGGAGGCCCUGGAAGCUUUUGAAAAAGUGAAUUUUGAGAGAUUGAAUGCUCUGGCAGCAUUAGUCCGAGGUAGUCUUCCUAAACUACACAGAAACAUCAUAACUGCACUGAUUACUAUUGAUGUACAUGCAAGGGAUAUAGUCACCGAACUGGUUCAAGCCAAGGUAGACACAAUUGAAUCCUUUGACUGGCAGAGACAACUGCGCUACUAUUGGGACAUAGAUCUGGAUAACUGUGUGGCUAGAAUGGCACUCUCCCAGUAUACUUAUGGCUAUGAAUAUUUGGGUGCAUGUCCAAGACUGGUUAUCACACCCCUCACAGAUCGCUGCUAUCUUUGCCUCAUGGGGGCUUUGCAGCUAGACCUGGGGGGCGCCCCGGCUGGUCCUGCAGGCACUGGGAAAACAGAGACGACCAAAGACCUCGCCAAAGCUCUUGCCAUCCAGUGUGUGGUCUUUAACUGCUCCGAUGGUUUGGACUACAAGAUGAUGGGACGUUUCUUCAGCGGCUUGGCACAGUCGGGUGCCUGGUGCUGCUUCGAUGAAUUUAACCGGAUUGACAUAGAAGUUUUGUCUGUCAUCGCACAGCAGCUCAUCACCAUCAGGAAUGCCAAAGCAGCGAAGCUCUCUAGAUUCAUGUUUGAGGGACGGGAAAUAAAAUUGGUAAUGACCUGUGCAGCCUUCAUCACCAUGAACCCUGGGUAUGCAGGCAGGACUGAACUGCCAGACAAUCUGAAAGCUCUGUUCAGACCUUUUGCUAUGAUGGUUCCCAACUAUGCCUUGAUCGCAGAGGUCAUUUUAUAUUCUGAAGGAUUUGAAUCCAGUAAAAUCUUAGCCAGGAAAAUGACUCAGAUGUACAAGCUUUGCAGCGAACAGCUCUCUCAGCAGGAUCACUAUGACUUUGGCAUGAGGGCUGUGAAGUCUGUGCUGGUCAUGGCUGGGUCUCUAAAAAGAGAGAAUCCAGACCUAAGUGAAGAUGUGGUAUUGAUAAGAGCUUUACGAGACUCCAACUUGCCAAAAUUUCUCACAGAUGACGCUAUUCUGUUCAGUGGAAUCAUAUCUGACCUUUUUCCUGGAGUCCACAUUCCAGAGCAUGAUUAUGGCAUUUUGCAGUCAACGAUUGUGGAUGUCAUGAAUGGACAAAACCUUCAGCCUGAGUUGUGUAUGGUUAGAAAAGUGAUACAAUUCUAUGAAACAAUGCUAGUUAGGCAUGGUGUUAUGCUUGUUGGACCAACAGGGGGUGGAAAGACCACAGUUUACCGAGUACUAGCAGAAACUUUAGGGAAUCUGCAAAAACUUGGAACAGGCAACCCCUUUUUCCAAGCAGUUAAAACGUACGUUCUUAAUCCAAAAUCCAUUACAAUGGGUGAAUUAUAUGGUGAAGUUAACAACAUAACCUUGGAAUGGAAAGAUGGUUUGAUGGCUCUAAGUGUCCGAGCAGCUGCAAAUGACACUUCAGAGGACCAUAAGUGGAUCAUCAGUGAUGGGCCAGUGGAUGCACUUUGGAUUGAAAAUAUGAAUACAGUGUUGGAUGACAACAAGAUGCUUUGCCUGGCUAACAGUGAGAGGAUUAAACUCACACCUCAAAUCCAUAUGCUCUUCGAGGUGCAAGAUCUAAGGGUUGCCUCCCCUGCGACAGUAAGCCGAUGUGGCAUGGUAUUUGUGGAUCCUGGAGAACUGAAAUGGAUGCCGUAUGUUAAAACCUGGAUGAAGGGUGUUUCUAAAAAACUGACUGAGGAAACUCAAGAAUAUCUGUUGAACCUUUUUCAACGUUAUGUUGAUGACGGUUUAAACUUUAUCAAUAAGAAGUGCAUCCAAGCAAUACCACAAGUAGACAUCAGCAAAGUUACCACACUGUGUUGCUUAUUGGAGUCUUUGAUACUUGGGAAAGAUGGAGCUAACUUGGCAAUGGAGCAGACAAAACUGAACACUCUGCUUUGUCAGACUUUUAUAUUCUGUUAUUUAUGGUCUGUGGGUGGAAACUUAACUGAAAACUAUUGGGAUUCUUUUGAUACAUUUAUUAGAACGCAAUUUGAUGAUAAUCCUGAUGCCAGGCUUCCCAGUUCUGGCGAUCUGUGGAGCAUUCACAUGGACUUCGACACCAAACGACUAGAUCCCUGGGAACGAAUCAUACCCACCUUCAAAUACAGCCGUGAUGUCCCAUUUUUUGAGAUGCUUGUCCCCACCACAGACACAGUACGCUAUGGCUAUCUGAUGGAAAAACUGCUGGCUGUGAAACACUCGGUGCUGUUUACUGGCUUAACGGGAGUUGGCAAGUCUGUUAUUGCAAAGGGCUUGCUAAAUAGAAUUCAAGAAUCAGCUGGCUAUGUCCCUGUCUAUCUCAACUUUUCUGCUCAAACAUCAUCUGCAAGGACACAAGAGAUCAUUGAGUCAAAGCUGGAAAGAAAAAGAAAAAAUGUCCUUGGAGCACCCGGGAAUAAACGUGUUGUGAUUUUUGUCGAUGACUUAAACAUGCCCAGGCUAGAUCACUACGGCUCACAGCCUCCUAUUGAACUGCUCCGGCAAUAUCAAGACUUUGGCGGAUUUUAUGACCGAAACAAACUCUUUUGGAAAGACAUACAGGAUGUAACCAUCGCAUCAGCAUGUGCUCCCCCAGGUGGUGGACGCAACCCUGUGACCCCCCGCUUCAUCCGGCACUUCAGCAUGCUAUGCCUCCCAAUGCCCUCAGAGCACAGUCUGAAACAGAUUUUCCAGGCCAUCCUAAAUGGCUUCCUGAAUGACUUUCUACCACCUGUGAAACAAACUGCAUCCAACAUUGUAGAAGCUGCGGUGGAGAUUUAUAAUAGAAUGAGCAUUGAUCUCCUGCCAACACCAGCCAAGUCCCAUUAUGUCUUUAAUUUAAGGGAUUUAUCAAAAUGUGUGCAAGGUAUCCUCCAGUGUGAUCCAGGAACAAUAAGAGAAGAACUUCAGAUAUUUAGACUAUUUUGCCAUGAAUGUCAAAGAGUUUUCCAUGAUCGUUUGAUUAAUAAUGAAGAUAAACACUAUUUUCAUGUUAUUUUGACAGAAAUGGCUAACAAAUAUUUUGGAAUUGCAAUUGGCCUGGAGUAUUUCUUAAACAAACCCAUCAUAUUUGGAGAUUUCAUUAAGUUUGGAGCCGACAAGGCUGAUCGGAUUUAUAAUGAUAUGCCUGAUAUGGAUAAAAUUGCAAAUGUUCUCCAGGACUAUCUUGAUGACUAUAACCUCAUAAACCCCAAAGAGGUUAAGUUGGUGUUCUUCCAGGAUGCCAUACAGCAUGUUUCAAGGAUUGCCCGGAUGAUACGCCAAGAAAGAGGGAACGCCUUGCUCGUGGGAGUGGGAGGCACAGGGAAGCAGUCCCUUACCAGGCUGGCUGCUCACAUAUGUGGCUACAAAUGUUUGCAGAUCGAACUUAGCCGGGGGUAUAAUUAUGAAAGCUUCCACGAGGACCUGAGGAAGCUGUACAAAAUGGCUGGUGUGGAAGACAAGAACAUGGUUUUCCUGUUCACGGACACCCAGAUUGUAGUGGAGGAGUUCCUGGAAGAUAUAAAUAACAUCCUAAACUCAGGGGAGGUGCCUAAUUUAUUCGAAAAGGAUGAACUGGAAUAUGUUUUAGCAGCCACCAGACCAAAAGCCAAAGAAGCUGGAAUUUCUGAGGGAAAUAGAGAUGAGGUGUUUCAGUACUUCAUCAGCCGGGUCCGUCAGAAGCUGCACAUCGUCCUCUGCAUGAGCCCAGUUGGGGAGGCUUUCCGGGCUCGAUGCCGAAUGUUUCCCUCUCUCGUGAACUGCUGCACCAUUGACUGGUUUGCCAAGUGGCCCAGAGAAGCACUCCUUUCUGUGUCAAAAACGUUUUUCUCCAAUAUCGACACCGGAAGUGAAGAUCUGAGAGACAAGCUCUCCCUCAUGUGUGUCAACGUUCACCUGAGUGUCUCCCAGAUGGCAGAGCGCUUCUACACAGAGCUCCGCAGGCGGUACUACAUGACACCCACUUCCUACCUGGAGCUCAUCAAUCUCUACUUGUUUAUGCUGAGCGAGAAAAGGAAGCAGUUAGUGUCAGCACGAGAUCGGGUGAAGAAUGGCCUCACCAAGCUGUUAGAGACAAACCUGCUGGUAGAUAAAAUGAAAUUAGAUCUAUCAGCUUUAGAACCUGUGCUUUUAGCAAAAUCACAGGAUGUUGAAGCCCUGAUGGAAAAAUUGGCAAUCGACCAAGAAAAUGCGGAUCAGGUCCGUCACAUUGUGCAAGAAGAUGAAGCAACCGCAAAAGUGAAAGCUGAAGAAACCCAAGCAAUAGCUGACGAUGCUCAAAGAGAUCUUGAAGAAGCACUACCUGCCCUGGAUGCUGCGAACAAAGCUCUUGAUUCCUUAGAUAAGGCAGAUAUAUCUGAAAUCAGAGUCUUUACCAAGCCCCCAGACUUAGUCAUGACUGUAAUGGAGGCAAUCUCCAUUCUCUUGAAUGUUAAGCCUGACUGGUCAACAGCAAAGCAAUUUCUUGGUGAUCCUAACUUUCUAAGAAGACUUUUAGAAUAUGACAAAGAAAACAUCAAGCCUCAGAUAUUGGCAAAGCUUCAAAAGUACAUUAAUAAUCCUGAUUUUGUGCCUGAAAAAGUAGAGAAAGUGUCCAAAGCAUGCAAAUCCAUGUGCAUGUGGGUAAGAGCAAUGGAUUUAUACUCUCGGAUAGUCAAGGAAGUUGAACCAAAGAGACAAAAACUCCGUGCUGCCCAGGCUGAGCUUGAUAUUACAAUGGCUACUCUGAGAGAAAAACAAGCAUUACUUAAGCAAGUAGAAGAUCAAAUAAGGGCCUUACAGGAUGAAUAUGACAAAAGUGUAAAUGAGAAAGAAAGUUUGGCAAGAAAUAUGUCCCUGACAAAAGCACGCCUAGUGCGUGCUGCGAAGCUGACAGCUGCAUUGGGAGAUGAGCAGGUUCGAUGGGAAGAAAGCAUACAGAAAUUCCAAGAGGAAAUUUCAAAUAUUGUUGGCAAUGUGUUCAUAGCAGCAGCAUGUGUGGCCUAUUAUGGGGCCUUCACAGCCCAGUAUAGGCAAAUGCUUAUAGAAUGUUGGAUCCAGUACUGUCAGUCUCUGCAGAUCCCGAUCGAUCCUUCCUUCAGUCUCAUUAACAUUCUCGGAGAUCCCUAUGAGAUACGGCAGUGGAACGCUGACGGACUGCCCCGUGACUUGAUCUCAACAGAAAAUGGCAUUUUGGUGACCCAAGGGAGACGGUGGCCUUUGAUGAUUGAUCCUCAAGAUCAGGCAAACCGUUGGAUAAGGAACAAGGAAAGCAAGAGUGGGUUAAAGAUUAUUAAGCUCACAGAUAGCAAUUUCUUGCGGACACUGGAAAAUUCCAUCCGACUUGGUUUACCUGUCUUACUGGAAGAGCUCAAAGAAACCUUGGAUCCAGCUCUGGAACCCAUUCUUUUGAAACAAACAUUCAUCAGUGGUGGACGGGUUCUUAUUCGUAUUGGAGAUUCAGACAUUGAUUAUGACAAAAACUUCAGGUUCUACAUGACAACCAAAAUGCCAAACCCCCACUACCUGCCUGAGGUAUGCAUUAAAGUUACCAUCAUCAACUUCACUGUUACCAAGUCAGGUCUGGAGGAUCAGUUGCUAAGUGAUGUGGUGCGGCUUGAGAAACCUGAGUUGGAAGAACAAAGAAUCAAGCUCAUUGUAAGGAUCAACAAUGAUAAAAACCAACUGAAAGCUAUUGAAGAGAAAAUCUUGAAAAUGCUCUUUACAUCUGAAGGAAAUAUACUGGAUAAUGAAGAGCUUAUUGACACACUCCAGGACUCAAAGAUCACCUCUGGCGCCAUUAAAACCAGGUUGAAAGAAGCAGAGUCCACUGAACAGAUGAUCAACGUGGCCCGAGAGAAGUACCGUCCUGUGGCCACCCAGGGCUCUGUCAUGUACUUCGUCAUCGCAAGCCUCUCAGAAAUAGACCCGAUGUACCAGUAUUCGUUGAAAUAUUUUAAGCAGUUGUUCAACACGACCAUCGAGACUUCCAAGAAGACAGAUGACCUGCAGCAUCGCCUGCACAUCCUGCUGGAGCGGACUCUCCUAACUGCAUACGUCAACGUUUCCAGGGGCCUCUUUGAGCAACAUAAGCUCAUCUACAGCUUCAUGCUCUCUGUGGAGAUCAUGCGACAGCAGGGAUUCCUAACUGAUGCCGAAUGGAAUUUCUUCCUUCGUGGCUCUGCUGGAUUGGAAAAGGAACGCCCUCCUAAGCCUGACGUUCCCUGGCUAUUGACAACAACGUGGUUCGCCUGCUGCGACUUAGAAGAAUCAUUUCCAGUGUUUCAAGGCCUUACAAAAUAUAUAUUGUUACAUCCGAUCUCCAUACAGAUAGAAUCUUUUGAGAUUUACAUUAACCCACAGAAAUGGGAAGGCUAUUCUAAAAUAAAACAGGAAGAGGAUGUCCCAAGAGAGGAGAAUGAAAUGAUGUACAAGCAUUCUUGGAAUCCAGAUUUGAGUUCUUUCCAAAAGCUAAUCCUUAUUAAAUGUUGUAAAGAAGAAAAGGUAGUUUUUGCUCUUACAGAAUUUGUGAUAGAAAAUCUAGGAAAGCAGUUUAUAGAGACUCCGCCUGUGGACCUCGCUACUCUCUAUCAGGAUAUGUCUUGUACCACCCCCCUGGUGUUCAUCCUAAGCACAGGCUCAGACCCCAUGGGCGCGUUUCAGAGGUUCGCCCGGGAGAGUGGAUACUCAGAUCGAGUACAGUCCAUUUCACUAGGGCAAGGACAAGGACCCAUUGCUGAAAAAAUGAUCAAGGAUGCAAUGAAAACAGGAAACUGGGUAUUUCUGCAAAACUGCCACCUCGCUGUUUCCUGGAUGUUGGCCAUGGAAGAGCUGAUCAAGACAUUUACAGAUACAGACAGUAUAAUAAAGGAUACCUUUCGGCUCUUUUUAAGCUCCAUGCCCAGUAGUACAUUUCCUGUUACAGUUCUUCAGAACUCCGUCAAGGUCACCAAUGAGCCUCCAAAAGGCUUACGUGCAAACAUCAGACGAGCAUUCACUGAAAUGACACCUUCAUUUUUUGAAGAAAAUAUCCUUGGAAGAAAAUGGAGACAAAUAAUAUUUGGAAUUUGUUUCUUCCAUGCAAUCAUUCAGGAGAGAAAGAAGUUUGGCCCCCUUGGCUGGAAUAUCUGCUAUGAAUUUAAUGACAGUGACAGGGAAUGUGCCUUAUUAAAUCUUAACCUUUACUGUCACGAAGGGAAGAUUCCCUGGGACGCACUGAUUUACAUUACUGGUGAAAUUACAUAUGGUGGCAGAGUCACAGACAUCUGGGACCAAAGAUGCCUUCGUACGGUCUUGCGAAGAUUUUUUUCUCCUGAAACAUUGGAAGAAGAUUACAAAUACUCAGAGUCAGGUAUCUAUUUUGCUCCUGUGGCUGACAGCCUACAAGAGUUCAAGGACUACAUUGAAAAUCUGCCUUUGAUAGAUGACCCAGAAAUUUUUGGGAUGCAUGAAAAUGCCAACCUAGUUUACCAGUACAAGGAGACCAGCACCUUAAUCAACACCAUACUUGAGGUUCAGCCACGAUCAUUUACUGGUGGUGAAGGGAAAAGCAAUGAUGAAAUUGUCCAGGAACUUGUUGCUUCUGUACGGACCAGAGUUCCAGAAUCCCUGCAGAUGGAGGGUGCCUCCGAGAGCCUCUUCGUCAAGGACCAGCAGGGCCGCCUCAACUCCUUGACCACUGUGCUUGGCCAGGAAGUGGACAGGUUUAACAACCUCCUGAAGCUAAUCCACAUCUCUCUGGAAACACUCAACAAAGCUAUUGCUGGACUGGUGGUGAUGUCUGAAGAAAUGGAGAAGGUGUAUAACAGCUUCCUCAACAACCAGGUUCCCUCUCUGUGGUCCAACACGGCCUACCCGUCCCUGAAGCCACUAGGAUCAUGGGUCAAAGACCUGAUCCUGAGGACCGCAUCUGUGGAUCUGUGGCUCCGAAGAGGCCAGCCCAAAUCCUACUGGAUCUCCGGUUUCUUCUUUCCUCAAGGAUUUCUAACAGGAACACUUCAGAAUCAUGCUCGGAAAUACAACUUGCCUAUAGACGAACUGAGCUUCAAGUUUAACAUGAUUCCUUCCUAUCGGGACCAAGCUGCAGUGAUAGAAGCGGCCAAGACGGUGAAGUUUGGACAACAACUGCCCAUGGAUGAGGAGCUACCCUCUCCAGAGGACGGCGUCCUGGUUCACGGCAUGUUCAUGGACGCUUCUCGAUGGGAUGAUAACGAGAUGGUGAUAGAAGAUGCGCUGCCCGGACAGAUGAACCCAAUGCUGCCUGUGGUGCACUUUGAACCACAACAGAACUACGAGCCAAGCCCCACACUUUACCACUCUCCGCUUUACAAAACGGGGGCUCGGGCAGGAACACUGUCGACCACAGGCCAUUCGACCAACUUCGUGGUGACUGUCCUCUUACCGUCCAAGCGGCCCAAAGAUUACUGGAUCGCCAAGGGGUCAGCUUUACUCUGCCAGCUGAACGAGUGAAACAGCACCGACUCAGCCCAG